CUCAACCAGAUAGAAGACAAGCCCCCGGCAUCAGUCAGAUGCAGGUGGGGUGAGACAUCAGAUCGGAGAAGAUGAACGCACCGCACGCGACCUGGACAGCACCUAUAGUCACCCUCCUUAUACUCCUCCCAGUUCCACGUUGGGCUCUGGAGAUGCAGUGGGUUCCCACCUCCAUAUCCAUCUUGCCUGGCGAGGAUGCCACGAUCCCAUGCAACUUCCACAGGAAGCACAAUGAAAACGUGAACAUCUCCUGGGUCCUGAUCCAAAGACAAGUGAACAAAACAGAUGACAAGUCAUUCAUUCAAAUGGUGCAGAAAAAACUACCACACGCCAUGCGGAACCUGACCAUCCGCAACGCUGCGAAAACUGACAGUGGGAUCUAUCUGUGCAGAGUGACUGCAGGAAGUGACACCAAGGAGUCCUGUGGAACCUACCUAAGAGUGAGGGAACUUCCUGUUUUUCUGUUCUUUAAUGUUGCGGAAGCUACAAAAAACAGGCUGAUAACGGCAGAGGGAAUCAUCCUGCUCCUCUGUGCCAUCAUCCCUGGGACAUUCCUUCUCUAUAAGAAACGUAUGGAAAACCUCAACUCCUUGUCUCUGAAAGAAGUAGAAGGAGAGAACCUUUAUGAGGGACUAAACUUGGAGGACUGCUCAAUGUAUGAAGACAUCUCCCGUGGUCUACAGGCCACCUAUGAAGAUGUGGGCACCUUCAGGGCAGGGGACAUUCAUUUGGAGAAACCUUGACUCCUGAUAUCAGAAAUCAGAGGAAUCCGUGUCACAUGGGAAAAAAGUGGAUCAUCAGAAACCAUUAGAUCAGUUGUGUUUCUAUCUCUUGUCUGCAAGAUUACCUCGUGGUGCACAACCACCACAAAUGACAGUUCUUCACCUUGUCUUUGCAUCGAUCGUCUUGCUCUUUGCUCUUAUAUUAUGUCUUGUUUGCCAUAUUUGUAAAGGGCAACAACGCCCAUGUAAUCAUAUUGAUGGAAUUACCCAAAAUAGUAACUUAAAGGGUUUGUCCAGUUUUGAAAAUCCCAGUUAGACAGAGGUCCUCCGCCCAAGAUCCUCAUUUCAGGUGAGAGUGGACAAUGGUUAUAAAGAGCCUCAGAAGGACAGGUCCUGACCUGCAUUACACAGACAACCCAUUUAUAUGAAUGGACACAGUGUAAUGCUUCAUUUCCCCUGUGGUGGCGCUGCAGGAAAGUUAAACACUUACGAUCAGGUUUCCCUGCAGAUCACAGCUGACCCCUGAGGAUCCCAGAAGGGAGACAUUUUGAGAUCUGCUUAUUGUGAAAGUAACCUUCUAACACAUAGGGAUUGUCCAAAGUGGAGAACCCCUUUAAGAACAAUUCCAGGCAAGUAUAAAAAUGUACAACUUGGUUUUCAGUGUCAAUGGCUAAAAGCAAGAACAGAUGAUAGAUCUCUGGGACCCUGGGCAGUAAUGGCCAUGGGCUCGUUACUGACAACCAAAGUUACAAUACAAUUGAGAUACAGUAGAUUGCAUUAGCACACAUUGGGCAGGUAGGUACACUUUCCAUAGGUCUGUCUAGAGACCUUUUUUUUCUUUUCUACCUUGCUUUGGUGCAAGAUAUGAACAAAACAGGCCCAGCGGCAAGUCAGAAUUGGCUCCUGUCUUUUGGCAGUAACUGGCUGCUAACUGCCACCACUAGGGGGAGCUGACUGAAGGCACAUUUAGUAGUGAGUUCAGUGGAAGCUCCCCCUAGUGGCAGGUUUAGAGAAGUGUCAGAGAAGAAAGGAGCUCCGGCCGCUGUACAGAUAUAUGAUGAGGCUCAUCAGCUGGUAACAAGGGUGUGACCAUAUAGUGGAGGGUCCGAAUGACUGUAGUCACAAUUCUGAAGGUGGAGGAAUGUGGAUCUAUCGACUAGGCACAUACUGCAGUUACCUGUAACUUCUACCCAUAGAAGAAAUAUCUCAUCACCCCAGAGUCAUACUGUACAUUAUAUUACACUGUAUGGGAUCUAUAAGGGUUAACCCAUGUCUUCACACAAUGUCUUCACACAAUGCGCCGGGCAGGCCUGAUCUCCUAUAGGAAAUGCUUAAAGGGAUUCUCCAGUUUAUGUAAAAAACAUGUAAUCGCCAUACAAUGAAAAGUUCUGCAACUUU